AUGCAAAGAAUGCUGGCACAUCAUAAUAUGCUCGUUGUACUGAUUGCUUUGAUAACUAUUCCCAGUUUUGUUCAUUGGAGAGUCUCAACAGCUGCAGCUGGAAUAGGAAGCCAAGAAACACAGCCUACAGAACAAAACUCCAAAAGCUCAUUCUGGAAAUGGCUACAGUGGAUAUUGUCCGUGUUAUGUUUGAUUUAUAAGAUCUUUGGUGGUUUUUUAGGAUAA